AUGGAGGUCGAAAGAACGUCUGUCGAGAAAGAGAAGGAAGUCGCUUUCGAACAUCUAGAAGCCACAGCCGAAGCGCACAAUGCCGUACCCGAAAUCCUGCGCCACCUCACGCCAGAGCAACUUAUCGCACUCGAGAAGAAGCUAGUUCGCAAGAUCGAUUUUUGUGCACUUCCCGUUCUGAUCAUCCUGUUCUUGCUUAAUGUACUCGACCGAAACGCUAUUGCCAAUGCGCGCCUCGGCGGCCUGGAAGCAUCGCUCGGCAUCGAUGAUAUACAGUAUCAAACAGCUGUCAUGGUGCUGUGGGCCGGGUAUAUCUCCAUGAUGAUCCCAUCAAACAUGCUUCUCUCCAUUUUCAAGCCUCGCCUAUACCUGCCGACUGUUGUGAUCGUAUGGGGCAUUGUUUCAGGAGCCACAGGAUUUGUGCAGAAUCAUGCUGGGCUGGUCGCCUUGAGGUUCUUGGUUGGUGUGACAGAGGCAUCUUCUUUCUUUCCUGCUGGUACACUCGUAAAGAACUACCAAGCCGCAUAG